AUGCCAUGUCCCCCCGACACCAGUCCUAAACUUCGACAACAUUGGCAGCCAAUGGACUACUUUUCCCUGUACAUAGCCGAAGAUGUAUACGACAAGUUCGAGGACUCAACAAAUGUUGCGUACCACCUGAGGACUGGGAAACUCCUGAGCACAUCAGCCGCAGAAUUGAAGAACUUCAUUGAUGCUACAUUUCUUAUGAGCUGCCUAGGAUACCCCAAGAUGCGCUUGUACUGGGCACAGGGAACCCGGGUUCCAGUUAUAGCCGACAUGAUGUCAAGGGACCGUUUUUUUACCCUGCGAAGCAACCUGAAAGUGGUUAACGACUUGGAUGUUCCAGAUGAUGUCAAGAAAAGCGAUCGCUUGUGGAAAAUCAAGCCAGUCAUUAACAGCAUCAGAGAGGCGUGUCGCAAACCUCCGAGGCCAUCAAUGGUGAGCAUUGACGAUCAGAUAAUUCCCUUUACUGGCAUCACAACCCUCAAGCAGUACGUUCCUGGGAAGCCACAUAUUACCGACUUGAGAAACUUUGUUCUGGCUAGUCCUAGUGGACUGGUGCUUGACUAUGAAAUCUACCUGGGCAAGUCAACCCUGUGUGGUGGGAAAAACCAAGAACUGGGAAUUGGAGCAAACGUCAUUUUACACUUGACAGCAACUCUCCCGCCUGGAACAGCAGUACUUUUUGACCGGUAUUUUACAACGAUUCCCCUUCUGGAUGAAUUAGCUAAGAAAAACUUACGAGCAACUGGGACAAUAAUGAAAAACAGGCUACCAAAAGGCACCAAAAUGGAAGAUGACAAGACUCUCAGCAAGAGGGGCAGGGGCUCCAGCUGCCAAGUUGUCAACAGCACUUCAAGCACCUCUUUGGUAAAGUGGAUGGACAACAAGCCCAUAACCCUUGCAUCUACCCACAUUGGUGAAGAACCUAUUGGGAGCUGCCGAAGGUGGUCCAAGAAAGAGAAAAAGUACCUAGAUGUCCCGCGCCCUGCUAUUGCUGACGAAUACAACAGGUACAUGGGUGGCGUAGACUUAUGCGACCUGAUGCUGAGUUUGUAUUCGACAACACAGCGGACCAAGAAGUGGACUGUCCGAGCAAUGAUUUUUCUUCUUGAUUUGGCAGCUGUGAACUCAUGGCUGCAAUACAAAGAGGAUUCAGUGCUGCUUGUCAGGUCAAAGAAGAACAUCCUUGGUUUUCUCGAAUUCAAAAUGGCCUUUGAACAUCAUCUGCUUGCGGUGGACCAUGGUGACACAGAAACCUGCGACGCGCCUCCAACAAAAAUGCUCAAAAUGAAGGUUACUCCUUUGCCUCCAGUUCUACAAAGGCACUCGUACGCAAAGCACAUGCCGGAGCUUGUCAGCCAGUCAUUGUCACCAAGGUGUCGGAACCCUGGCUGCCAAAAACGUUCAAAGGUCAGGUGCACUACCUGCGACGUGUUCUUAUGCAUGACAGCAAACAGAAACUGUUACAAGCAGUUUCCCACUGAAUAG